AUGGCCUUGUUGGACAUUUCCUUCGGUACGGAGAUGGAAAUUGUGGCCAAGCCUUAUCAGAAGUGUCUCGAGUGGAAUGAAGCCGUUCAAAUGCUCAGCGAAGCUUUAUCCGGCGAGUUCGAAGUAGCGAACCAUAUUCGCUAUGACAAAAUCGACAAACAAGACGUCAUGACGGCACUGGCUGACCUGAUUGUUCAGACGGCCAUAGCUCGCACAGUCGAAGUUUUCGGUGGAAUUUCACACGCCUGGGGAAGUCCGGGAUUUCGUUCAUACAGGGUGUGA